UGGGAGGAGAUCGUCAAGGUUCACCCAAGGCUUGCUGUCAUCCGGGAUCAAGUGGUUUUUGCUGUUCGGCAGGAAUACGUGCUUCUUGGAGAUCAGCUCCUGGUCCUGCAGCCCGGAGACGAGGUUGCCAUCAUCCCACCAAUUAGUGGAGGCUGAAUCUGCUCAGGUUCUCUUAACUUUUCUAGUGAGCUAUGGAUGAAAGCGAAGAUGUGCCAAAAGAUUUUAUCGAGCUCAAGUCUGAAAAGCUUUCUGUAGAUGAAGUGUCAGAGCUGGUCAUUUCACCAUGCUGUGGGGCAGUGUCUCUGUUCAUUGGUACUACAAGAAAUAAUUUUGAAGGGAAAAAAGUGAUUCACUUAGAAUAUGAAGCAUAUACUUCCAUGGCAGAGACCGAAAUAAAGAAAAUCUGCAGAGAUGUUAGACAGAAAUGGCCAUCAGUCAAACAUAUUGCAGUGCAGCAUAGACUUGGUGUGGUUCCAAUAACUGAGGCAAGUGUAAUUAUUGCAGUCUCCUCUCCACACAGAGCAGAAUCUCUUGAAGCUGUAAUGUACUGCAUCAAUACUUUAAAAGCAUCCGUUCCAAUAUGGAAAAAGGAGAUUUAUGAGGACGAAUAUUCUUGGAAAGAAAACAAGGAAUGCUUUUGGGCA